GUCGUCUAACACUCGUCUCGCGCUUCUCGCUUUGAUAAUUCGUUCCGCGUGUCAGCGCGCAUCGCUCGGAUUCCUUCUCUGUCGUGCUCGACGAUCCCAAUUUUCGAUUGACACACUUAAAUCGCGCGUGCGUGUGUUAAAUCAACUUUACAUAGCGGUGUUUGCGGAGUGCGAAGUCAAGAGACGCGAUCAACGAAUGCAAGGCACUCCCCGCAGUUCAAUCUUUGUGGAAAAAAAAGUAAAGAGUCAGCGGCGGGAGGGAGAUAUUCAAUUCGACGGACGUUCAACGCGAAGAACGCAGUAGCAAGAAGGAGCGAGGGGGAAGGAGGAAGACAAAGGGGAAGACGAGAAAUUGAUCGAAAAUCAUCGAAAAUUCUCUCGGCUCGCCGCGGCCGCGUGAGGUCGGCUCGGUUCGGCGAUCGUCGGCCGCCGUCGGAGGCCCGAGGCCGAGAGGGGUGAGAGGUCCGCUCGGUGGCGCUCGGCGGCGCUCGGCAGCCUUCGGCACUCCUCAUCGCGCCCAUCGCGCCCGCGCCUGCCCGCGCCUGUCGCCGGUAACUUCGUCGCAUACGUACUUUGGCUGCGCCGUGUGAUCGUGUGUAUGCGCGCGCGCGCGUUUACCUGUCUGCCGCUACCUCGCGGUGUGUUCUCUCAGCCCGUCUCGUCCCAUCUCGUCUAGGCUUGCGCGUGACUUUCGCGUUUCGCGCGUUCCUCGGUGCAGUGCGGUCGGUGGUGUCGGUCCGGCAGUGAAUCCGGCGCAGAUUCGUGUUCGUUAUUCCCCCUUGCCCUCGGUCGAGAGUGAGAUCGACGCGCCGCGAUGUCCUCCUUCAAGGACGAUAAGGUGCCGUGCGCCCGGCUCUGCCACAUCGUCAAGUGGGACGAUUUCAACGGUUACGGCUUCAAUCUGCACGCGCAGAAGGGCAAGAACGGCCAGUUCAUCGGCAAGGUGGACGAGGGCUCGCCGAGCCAGGCGGCCGGUCUGCGCCAGGGCGACCGGAUAAUUGAGGUUAACGAGAUCGACAUCGCGAACGAGACGCACAACCAGGUGGUCGAGCGCAUCAAAGCAUUCGCCAACGAGACCAAGCUGCUGGUGGUCGACCAGGAGGCCGACGAUUACUUCAGGGACAACAACAUCGUUAUCAAGGGCACCAUGUCGAACAUCAAGGUGAUCAAGACGCCGGAAAGGAAUCCCAACAGCGUGGAGGACCGUUCCGACGGCAGCAACUGCUCCGUUGACGAGGUUGACGUUGAAAACUCCGCUGCUGCGCAUCGUGUGUCGAGCACGCAGAAGUCUAUCAACUCCAACGACACGGCGCACAGCGACAGUACGACAGUUGCGCAAAUGACGACCGGCGGCAAAGAGUCCAAUAUGCGGGAAAACGGAAACGGCGACGUGAAUCACGUACAUGGCACGGGUAACGGCAGCCUGGCUGUCGGGGAUGGUGCGAACAACAGCGAGCCCAAAUCCCAGGGCCUGAAUCUGACGAUGAGUGCGAAGGAACUCAGGGAGAUGCUGGCACAACGCAAAAAGUUUGACCCGAAGAAGGAGACGAUCGGCUUCAAGGACAAAUUCGACAUCGUGCAGAAACUGUAGACUCGCAUCCUCUCCUGUUACUCGGUAAUCCUUUAUUCCUUUAUUCCUCUCUUCUUAUCGUAUCGUUAUCAUCGUCGAGCGUUCGACGACGGCGACGACGAUGGUUUUCCUUCCUACGAUGUAAUGCAUUUUGUUGUAACCGAUCAAAUUGUUGUCGUAAUAAAUACACGAUUGUUUAGACACUAUCGUGGACGCCAAGCAUUGACGUCGAUAUCGUAACAUACAUUACAUUUAUCCGCAGCGAAAGGAUACUACGGAGAAUAUUAGGAUAAUGAAAGGAGAAAUGCUGUUUGUAUGAGUACACUGUUAAUUUUUAGUUCACAGGUGAAUUUACAUGUGCAAUCUUUGUCGCUUCCGCGCCGGAAGUUGCGACAGACUUCGAGUCACCAGUCUAUUUCAACAUUUAAUAUAGAGCUAUAAAAUUAUGAAGAGUUUUUUGUUUUUUAAAGAAAAUUGCGCAUUUGCCACUUUUAUUUUAGAUCAUUAGUUUUUUUUUCCUUUUUACAACCGUUAUCAUAAUUACAUGGUAGCCCGAGAAUAUCGUUUUCUUCCCGGAGUAACAAUGUAGUCUUAAAAGUGUUCCUGUUGUAAUUAAUUUCAACGCUUCCCGAUUAGUGAAUAAUUAAAUCUCACUCUUUCAACUCGAUUAUCCACGGUGUCGUCAUAUUAUUCUAAGCACCGUCUCGUCCGUUAAAUUCGGGAGAUCCGUUCGUCGCUUCUUCCCACGACUUUCUCCGGCGAGAAUUGAUCACCGUCUCCUGAUGUAGUAAUCGUCUUGAACGUUACGUCGAUCAUACGAAUUCUUCGCUGGUUAAAGACGGUUUCUAAUUCCCAAUUCCGCGUAAAUGAGAAGUAACUUUUGAUAUAAAUAUUCCCAUAUUGUAUGUUAACAAUUUGAAAAUUUAUCUCGAGAUCACAUUUUAAUUGACCAACGGACCAAAUGAUUAAUUAACGGAGCGUGUUCAAUAAAUCAUAGGGAGUUAACUCAGCGUUUGUAAAUUGAAAUCAUAACAAACGUUCGAUUAUUCGAAAAGAAUUCUAGGCCUCUUAAACACCUGUCUUUCAUUUCGCGAACGCUAAUCGGUUCGACUUACCGUUCGAUUUAUUGCAGCCGCUCUCGGUUAAGGCUGUGUAAUGGGGAUUAACACGGUUGCCAGGAUGACAGCACUUGAUGUCGACACACGAAGAAUUCGAUGCGCGCGGAAUCUUUCGAUAAUCGUGCGCGAAGCGUAAAUAAUGUUCGCGUGAGUCGAACGGCCGUUGCAAAAUGCGUGAAUGUCAAUUUCGACGUUGCAUUCGGGGAUUCCUAGUUUCGGUUUGGUAGUCGCGGCACGGCUGUGAGAUACUCGCGCGCAAGGACGGACGUUCCUCGCGUGCUGGCUGCAAUGGGUCUAUGAAGUCAGUCAGUCGCCCGUCGCGCGGUCCAAGGACGAGCGCGUUCUGGGAGAAAGUAUAGCCAGACAUCGGACGAGUCUCGGUUAAUCUCCGUUAUCGAAUUCAGGACGCGAGUCGUCUUUUUACCUUGCGUGCGUUGCAACACCGGGCGGAUCGACUCACAGGAAUUGAACAUCCGUGAAUGUUAUAAAUUACGAUGCAUCAUGUCUCGUAUUUCGUUCAGAGCCGAUUCGGUACUUAAACCAAUUAAUUGAAGCAUUACGAUUAAUGCGGGCAUAACAAUGCGUGCGCAUUUCGUGAUUCACUUUCUCAUUACAGGAAAUAAUUGCCCUGGUUAAAUAAUUUCAUAUGGCAGUUAUUGUCUAAACAAGUAAUACUGAUAAUUCGACGUACGAUACAGGGUCAAACUAAUUCGCAAAGGUUCCUAAAUUUUCUCUCUAGUUCUCUAAAAUACAUUUCUUACAUUUGUUUACUUUUAAUGUUCUACUAUGAUCAUAUCGAACGAUGUGAUUUUUAUUCGUGAUUUUGUUCUCAAAGAAGAUAAUAAGAGACAAUAGUCUAAUCGCAUAUUUUUUGAUAAGAAAAGGUAUCAUACUUGAUAAAAAUAUAGCGUUAGUGACUAAUCGGACCAGUUCAACUCAACUGUAGUUGCAAUUUAAUUGCCAGCUUAACGGCCUAGUUAUCUCAGGUGAUAGGAUGUGAAUAUUGCCUCGUGAUUAAUACAAUGUCGUUGCGUGUCUUAUCGAUGCAUUUAAUAAUCGUCGGGACAAACGUUUCUCGAUACUCUUGAUAAUUUCAUUGGAGUUUUUUAAAAAAUUUGAGACUUUGAGUGCAACAUGAAAAGAGGAGGUAAAGUUAAAUUUUUACAAAAAUUAAACCAAGAUCGUUUAACUUUUUAGUACAACCUAGUACGGCCUUGUACGGCCUUGUUUCCAGCCUCUCACUUUUCGUCGUAUCAUUCCUCGUUUCCGCAUUUCUUUUUCUUUAAUUAUAGUUUCCGAUUAACGCGAUUGCCAUGGUCGUUUAUUGUCACAUGUCCCGUGGGGAGAACCCGUGCUAGCUAGUUAAAUGCAUUUUUUUACAUGCGCCACGUGUAAUACGAGAGAAGAAAAAAAAAGUUGCAUUAAAGAUGCGCAACAAAAACUUGAAACUUACUCAACGGUAAUGAAUAUAAUAGGACAGAAACAGAGAGUCUUCAUUUCUAUUCACGUAUCUUACUAAGUGCCUAUAAAACUUAAUGUAAAAUAGACAUUGAAAAUGUGCUGCGUCCAUAAUGGAAAUAAAUUUAGAAGUGGACACGUCCCUCGGAAUAUCGCUUCGCUCGAAGCGUACGCGCGAAAUGCUUAUUUCGAACGGAACGAAAUCAAUUAAGCACGUGCGGCUUUCUCGGGGCGAAUAUUAUCACGGAGCGACGAUAAGAGUGGUUCGACAAACAGGUACGGGCGUACUGAAAUUUAUAACUCGCGUUCGUGACGUGCCUCCGAUAAACCGACUCGUCGAAUGCAGAGGCGUUGCGUAAUCGAUGGAGUAAGGAAUGUCGUCGUUACAAUGGCAACGGGAGAGAGAAUCCGCCUUUAGGGAUUCCACACCUUCGCUUUACUCCUCGGCACUUCUCGCGGUGAGAUUCGCGGAAAAGUUGGGUACAUAACUCGAGACUCUCGUCGCUAAAUAUUACGACGACACGUUGCGCAACCUUCAAUUAUCGCUGUCGUUUUCGUCGUCGUUAGGCAUUCACCUGCUGAGAGCGCGCAGGCGUCGUGUUCCACGUUCCGAGAUAUAUAAGAUUGCGCAUAGAUUAUGCCUUGUUUACAUAAAUACGCAUAUAGUCGAAUGAACGGAGCUUCGUUAAUUUGCUGGAUUAAUCCUAACAAGGUCCAAGUCUUAAUUUGAGAUGCAUAGGAUCGUUAUCGGAAAGUGUUAGUAGCCACGUGGUUACAACGAUAGCAUAUUACGAACUAUAUUUUCCUUGUUGUGUGACAAGGUCUCAUUACUUUUCUCUUCCGUCAUUUUGUCCAUCGAAACCUUCAGAAAUGUUUAUUAUAUCAAAAUAUUAAUCAUAUUCGAUUUGUCACCGUUCGCUUCGAAGAUAUCAAUCACAUUUAAAUUUUAUCUUUUUAUAGUUGUUUUAAAAAUAAGUUUGACAUUUCGUUAAUAGUAUGCUUUCGUCAAAUGCUUUCUGUUAAAAUGGCAGUUUGCUUUCGUGUUGCCAAUAUCUACCAUUAAAUUCUGUACGAAUUAAUUUUUCGGGUGAAUGAUUCGAUUAGAGAAUGUGGUUCUUUAAAAUCGCUGUAAUUUCGAAAUGGUACAAAUUUCAAUAAUUUGUCUUGCAAUUACGACAUAUGCGGUAGUAGCAGCAGCAUUAGGGUUAACUUAAUUUCUUUUCUUCAGAAAACAUCUUCUUGAGAAUUAAGUUCUCCUUUGUUGUCUCUUGCGUUUUCUUUCAUAUUUUAAAAGCGAGCGAGUGUGAGCGGCUAAUAAUGUUAAUAAAAUCACGUGUACGCAUACGCAUGUACCUGUUAUAUUCUGUGCUAAUUACAUCUGGUGUGUGUAGACCGUUAUGUCAUUCAGCGGCUUACCCAAGUGAAAGUAUAAUAACGAGGCACCCAUUCGCGCGGAGAGUUUGGUGAACGAAAAUAGCGCAUUUGUACGCAUACCGCGAUAUACAUAUAUUCUUGCGGUAAAAAAAGCGUCGCACGGUAACCAUGUAAAGUGAGUGGUAAAUGUCUUGUCGGAAAGAAUUCUGCCUUACGAGAUCUCUGAUUGACUUGGACGAUUGCAAUUGAAGAAUUGGUGCAAGUCUCGAGUAACUCGAAUGUUAGAUUUAAAAAUAGACGUUAUUAAAGCCGGAUUGAAUUUUAUGACAGUGUGUCUCAUUUUGAACAAGGAAUUUAAAAAACAUAGAUUACACAGAAAUAAGAUUGGUUUGUUCGUAAAGGAGACCAAUCGUUUGUAAGAGUAUUGGAAAUUUUUUGACAUCUUGCAUUUUAUGUACUACACCUAAUUUUAAGAACAAAAUAUUGAUUAGGUAUGCGAUAAUAGCAGCGUGGGAUCGGCUUGAGGAGCAUACUUUUCGAUAAUCAAUUUCUUUAUGCGAUAUUUCUGUUUUGUUUCAGACAGACAUGGCAAGCAGUUUAAUGUCUUAAUGACACUAAUGCAAAUGCGCUUUGGAACGAGAAAUGCGACAGGAAAAAGAAUUUACAUAAAACAAAUUUUAUUCUAACGAUAUUUUGCAAGGUUUCUAUGUGUACUUAAAAUUUGUAGGCGUCAUUUAAUCUAUUUAAUUUAAUCUAUAAUGUGGUUAGAGAACGCAGACGUCAUAUGGUUUGUUUAAUUUGUAACGUACAUUGCGUUUAUUUUGCGAGCAGUAUAGAUCCAGCAUUGAUAAAAAUAAAAUUGAGAAAGAAGAACUGGCCUUGAAAGCUGUUUAAAAAAAUUAUUUCAGCUCAGUCACGGUUUAAUGAAUUAUUUUUAGCAGGAAUUUCUGAAAUCGCUAUUUUAAUUGCUUGCAAAAUAAACGAUUCAUUACUAAACUUGCGAUUAAAAUAAACAGGAAAACGAAUAGUUGCUAGUGUGACAUUUAGGAUCCAAUUUAGGUUUCGAGUAACAUUGCGAGCUCUCGUUCAUCGAUUUUAAAUGAGAAACGUGUGGACUCUCUUCCUUUUGUAUCUUUUCUUUUAUUCUUUUUUUUUUCUUGUUUCGUAGGAUCUUGAGGAAUUCUAUUCACACCGGCUCCUGUAAAUAUUAGAUUGUCGUGCAUCAGGGCAGGUGCAACAAUCAGAUACAGGGAGAGCGGCUAAUGAUAAUUGUCUGCGCAAACAAAUCUUUCGUGCAAUAAGAUUCACUCGCUGUAAUUAUCGGCACGAAACCUACGCAUUCUUUUGUGUACGUUGCUUCUUCAUAGUGGUGCAAUCUUUAAAAGUGAAUAUUCAUCAGCAAAUGUUUAUGGAUAAAGACUUGAUUAUUAGCGAGUUAGAUUUAGAUAAAUGCGCGGGCUGUUAAACUUUAAAAAUAUUCAUAUUGUUGACUUUAGUUGGUCGAUAUGAAUUGGUAGCGAAUAUCUCAACUUAUUCGUAUCGAUCAUCCAACGCAUAAAUAUAAUAUUAUUUUUACUCGACGGAAACAAGGAUCUUUCAACUUUGUAACGACUUUUCGAACGAUUUUAAUCGAUACGUAGAUCCUAUGUGUGUGAUUGUUGCACUGAAUCUUGGAAUGUAUAUAACGCGCACGUAUACAUACGCACAUGUUAAAUAGCCAAGUACACAUGUUACGAUCUUCGCACAUUAUGUCCAACGUUAUUGUAUAAGCAUUAAUUAUAAGCAUUAUGUUUGACGAUAAGAUUAGUUAUAAAAUUACAUGUAUUUAUGUACAUGUGUAAAACGGGG